CCAUGGCUACGGACGGACGUACGAAGCGUUCGCAAUCGAUAUGCGCGCCCGCCUCCGCGAGUAUGGAAGCCCUCGCCGCGCCGAUGGAGACGACUCCGGCGCCUCGGCGCAGGCCGGCCACGCGUUCCCAAUCUGCCAGGAUUACGGGUGGUCGAUCUGUGAGACACAGACGGCAACAACAACAGCAACAGUUGGAUCGGGAAACGCGAGCUAGAUAUAGUUCCGAGCCGCGUUUAGCCGAAGCGGAAACUCCUCCUCAAGUCAGAAGGCAGGCGUCCGCUCGUCGACGUCCUCCCGCUGGGCAGCACAGCCAGCCUCGACGCUCGAAUGCCUUCCUCGACGUGCCGCGGACCACACAUCAGCAGCCCGAAGAGGAGCCCGACGAAGACUCUUAUAGACUACGUACCUUCAACAUCACACAGAAAGGAGGCAUAGUGAACCGAGGUGAUUCGUUCCGACGACGCCGAUCACGCUCCGGCAGCCUUGCACCAUCAUCACCCGCGCAAUCCGCACCAGAGUCCCAAGAACGCCGUCCAGUGGCAUGCCAUCGUGUUGCGAUGGUCGGCGCUCCUGGAGUUGGCAAAACUGCGCUCAUCAGCCAGUUUCAGACGAGCGAAUGUAUAAACGCUUACGACAGGCAAAGAGAUAUCGACAGUUCAGAACAGAAAGUAUCAAUAAUGCUGAAUGGUGAAGAAUCAGAACUCUACUUCGUGAAUUGCACGAGCACUAAGGAAGAAAUCGAUCGUUCAGAGCCACCAGAUGCAUUCGUGGUUAUCUACUCAGUGGUGGACAAGGCAUCGUUCCAGAAAGCAGAACAGGAACUGGCGCGACUUAUUGAUUUUGACAUGCUGAGAGCCCGACCGGCGCUUCUCGUUGGCAACAAAAUUGACCUGGCGAGGAGUAGAGCUGUUUCCACUCAAGACGGCAAGUGUCUCGCGUGCACGUAUAAAGCGAAGUUUAUAGAAGUGUCUGUUGGGAUUAACCACAACGUCGACGAGUUACUCGUGGGUAUUCUAAAUCAAAUACGACUGAAGAGGCAGCAAUACUCGGCUGACGGAGGCAGGGAGUCAUCCCCUGCACACUGGUACAAAUCGAGGGGUGUCGUACGAGCGAGUAUGAAAGCCAGGCAGAUGUUAACAUGGAUUUUCGGUAAAGAAGAUUCGAAAUUCAAAAACUGUGAGAAUUUACACGUCCUGUGAGUGGAAAGUGAAGGGCCCGUGUUUGUGUAACGGACAAUUGACCGCGGGCUUACAUGUAAUUGAUUAUUAUGUAAUCUUAGGUUAGUUUUGGUGCUGUGUUGUUUAAUAUGUAUAAGAUCAGAUAGCAGAGACAACGUUUUAUUAGAUCCAAAACAAAAUACAGCUCAUAAUCUGUUACCCACAGCGAGUUUACAAAAAACAACAGUUGUUACGUAAAUAAAACGACAUGGCGCCCGAUUUAUAUCGUAUUUUAAUGCCAAAUAAUACUUUUUAAUAUUAGAUGUAUGUGCCAAGUUUUUGGAGGAAAUUUAAUCGUAUUCGUCUUAUAUAAGAUAUAUAUAUAUAUAUGUAAGUGAAAAUAGUAUUUUCCCCAACUGUCUGUAAUUAAAUAUAUAUGUUUGAAAUCGUUUUACAACAAUCAGCAAUACUAUGUAACAUAUAUUAAUCAU